AAAAAUAAAAAUUCUAAAUUAAUAAAGCCAUAAAUUCCCAAAGGAACUGAGCUUAAUUUCCUAGCUGUGGAUGAGAGGCGAGCGGAGAAUCUGAGACGGAGUAGAGCAGACAUGAACACAGUCAUUGCAAAAGCUAAUUUCUUAUGCAUUAAUCGCUUUUUUGCUUCCGCUUCCAAAACCAAAACAAUUCCAUUAAGCUUCAUCUCCCGUAAAUCCAAAUCCAAAACCCAAAAAAUCUACUCUCUGAAAUCACCACUAUCUCGGUUGAUCCAUGUCUUCUCAUCAUUGGACGGUGCCCAUUGCAUCGUGGAGGAUGAUCUUCAAGCAUUCUUGGAUAUUCUUCCAUCUGAUUUGCGUUACAUUCUUUUAAAUGAUCCCAAGAGAGCUCAGCUUUUAGAGGUUAUAUUGGACUUGGGGCGCUUGCCGGCGGCACGUUAUCUUGGUGAAUUUGGCGGGAAGUAUUUAAGGAGCACUGAGGUAUCAAUGCGGGAAUUAGAGUAUGCACAAAAUGCUAUUGGAGAAUUUGGAGAUGAUAAUAGGGCUGGCAUUGAGGGAACCUUGCACAGGAUAUCUGCAAUCCGAAGUAGGAAGGGGGUGAUAGUUGGUUUGACUUGUCGAGUUGGUAGGGCAGUCGGUGGUCACAUUGACAUGGUUCAUGAUCUGCUUCAUUAUGGGAAGAGCAUAUUGUUUGUUGGAAGGCCUGGGGUUGGCAAGACUACUGUUAUGCGAGAGAUUGCACGUGUUUUGUCUGAUGAAUUUUACAAAAGAGUGGUGAUUGUUGAUACAAGCAAUGAAAUAGGAGGGGAUGGAAAUAUUCCACAUGCAGCAGUAGGAGGUGCAAGGAGAAUGCAGGUUCCAGAACCAUCUCUGCAGCACAAGGUCAUGAUUGAGGCAGUAGAAAAUCACAUGCCUGAAGUUAUCAUUGUUGAUGAGAUAGGCACAGAAGCUGAAGCUCUUGCUUGCCGCUCAAUUGCUGAGAGAGGCAUUAUGCUUAUUGGUACUGCUCAUGGAGAGCGGCUUGAAAAUAUAAUUAAGAAUGCAACUCUUUGUAACCUGAUUGGGGGAGUAGAAACUGUUACCUUAGGAGAUGAGGAAGCCCGAGCUAGGAGGAGUCAGAAAAGCAUUCUUGAAAGAAAAGGUCCUCCAACAUUUUGUUUCCUGAUUGAGAUGAGAGAGAGGCAUUAUUGGGUUACACAUCGGACAGAGAAGAGUGUGGAUAUGUUGCUUCGUGGAGAAAACCCAUUAGUUGAGGUCAGGAAAAGGGAUAAUCAGUUCAGGGUUGUAAUAGAAAGAUGGAAGACGUAUGAUGGAAAUAGCAUUUAGAAUUUUUAUUGCUUUCCAUUUGCAUGAAGCUGAUGCUCUUGAUAUCUCUCUCUUCAAAAUAUUAUUGGCACCUGCCAUUAUGGAUUUCACAUUUAGACGCACUUGCCAUUUUGUAUGUUGUAAAUCCAGGAAGGUAGUGAUUAGAAUCCCUCCCAGAAGACAUAUGGACUCUGAAUCUCGUUUCUUUCUAGUAGCACAUCUGUUUGGUCCUAGAUCUUGCCAUACAACUGAUGUAGCCAUUUUUGAGUGGCUCAGUCCAUGUAUCCUAAAUGCGAGGUGAUGCAGAGCACGAUAGAGAAUAGACCUUAGAACAAGAUAGCAUAGUAGAAGUCUAGAAUAGAACUGAAGAAGAAGAAACUCGAUGUUGAAAUACCUUGGCAUUAUGUACCUAAAGGCAUCUAAGAUAUUUUUUCAGCUGUAAGCUCUUUCUCUACUAGUUUUUAUUUCUUUUAAAAGAAAUAAUUUCAUUUUAUUUAUUAAAAUGAUAAGUGUUUUUCUA